CAAAGGAAAAAGUGUCCGUCAUACUAAUGAACUUUUCGCGACCACGGAUGAUAAGGGAAAGUUCGAUGAUGCGAGUGAGUAUACUCCGAGAAGUUUUUGUCAUAGACUAGUUCCAUAAUUGAGCUUUCGAAUGGAAUGUUUAAGGUUCUUACAAUUCAACUCUUUUGUUCCUUCUCUUGCCCUCUCACUUCAAUGACGACGUACCAGACUCUUCUCGCUCAUCCCAAUGUCGACGAGGUCUUGCUUCUCCACGGCAAUCCUAAAACCGCUUUUGAAUUCGUCCACCCUAAAGUGAAGAACAUUGAUUCGAUAAAACACAACAAUGAAAUGGGUUUGAGUCUGCGUUUUUAUUUUUGUCAAAUUGCCCAGAACAAUUGGGUUUUACACUUGGACGAUGACAUGGAAUUCACUACGGAAGCUAUGAAUGACUUAAUUGCCGAGUAUGGCCGCAAUCCCAAGCGCAUUGUAGGGAGGUUUGGUCGCAAUUUCAAAGAGGGAAAUUCAUUCAAUGGGUACAAUUCUGUGGAUACCCACAAGAACUCUGAAGUCAUUCUUACAAAAUUGAUGUUGAUGGAGCGAGAUACAUGCAGCGCCUUUUUCGACUAUGCGCACUUGGUGUGGGCCGAUACCGUUCUUCAGAACGGAGAUGGUCCACUUUGGAACGGGGAAGACAUAUUCAUGUCUUUGGUGGCGAACCAAGUUUACGACAAGAAUAGAGAUGGAUCGUCACAAUUCAACAACUAUGCGAUGGACUGGUUAGACGUAUGGGAAGCCGACAAAUCUCUAAAGGAUUACGGUAACGGAAAGUUAGACAUAUCGGGAGGAUUGGAAGGCGUGCGAUUUUGGAGCUGGCGCUGGUGGCAUUCAUUGACGAGAAGAAAUAGACACUAUUCGUAUCGUGGUCACUUGUGGCAGGUUGCGAGAGAUCGACUGAAAAGACUUUCUGUAACACCACGCCAAUCCUAGUACGGCACUCAUUUGACCCAGAUGCGGSAAGCCACGUGACUUACAAGUUCAUG